AAUCUGGCUUUAGCUGACUUCUCAUUCAGUUCCACUGUGCCAUUCCUUAUGGUUUCAACAGCAAUGAAUGAAAAAUGGCCAUUUGGCUGGUUCCUAUGCAAGUUCAUUAACAUCGUGGUGGACAUAAACCUGUUUGGAAGUGUCUUCCUCAUUGCGUUCAUUGCUCUGGACCGCAGUAUCUGUGUCCUGCAUCCAGUCUGGGCCCAGAAUCACCGCACAGUUAGUCUGGCUAGAAAAGUGAUUAUUGUACCCUGGAUCCUUGCACUAGUCCUUACGUCACAAAUUUUCAUCUUCAUGGAUAUAGUAAAUGACGGACAAGGGAAUACAUACUGUACUUUCAACUUUGCAUCCUGGGGUGACACUGUUAUAGAAAGGAUAAGAGUGGCCUUAAGUGUGUUGACAGCCCGAGGGAUCAUCCGGUUUGUCAUUGGCUUUGCUAUGCCCAUGUCCAUUGUGGCUAUUUGCUAUGGGCUCAUAGCUGCCAAGAUCCGCAAACAAGGCACGAUAGAUACCAGCCGUCCCUUACGAGUCCUCACUGCUGUCGUGGCUUCCUUUUUCAUUUGUUGGUUCCCUUUUCAACUGGUUGCCCUUCUGAGCACGGUUUGGCUCAGAGAGACGUUACUUGAGGGUAAGUAUGAAAUUCUUAAUAUUCUGGUAUACCCAACGAGUGCCCUGGCCUUCUUCAACAGCUGCCUCAAC